CAUUGAACAAUACAUACAUAACGUUCACCAUACCGGGCGCCGUUUCGAUAUUUUAUUAGUUCUUUACUGAGUUCUAGCGUGCGUUUCACUUCACACUCAGCGAACAAGACACACGAACCCAGUGUGUGUUGUUGUUUGAAAAUUUUGGUCUAUUGAUUUGGCGAAAGUGGUACCAAUUUGCCGAGAAUUGAACGCGUUUCCACCAUAGAGAAUACACAUAAACAACGUCUUUUUUUCGAAGUGACGAACACAAUAUUUACAAAGAAUAUCGACGAGUUCGACGACACCGAUACAGCAUAGAGGAAAAAUAAAACACAAAUCCAGAAAACUUUGCAGACAGAGAAGAAAAGUGUAAACAGACUUGGAUUCACAUGCAUAACACUCACAAAAUCGCUGUGGAAAAGGCAUGAGAAAACUUUUUUCCACGUCAAAGUAGAAUCCUGUCCUGUGUAAUUCAUUGGAAAAUAAACGAGUCGACCGACGAGUGGUUUGGGUUGUUAGUGUUUUCUUUCGCUCGUUUUGUUUUGCAGCCAUUUCAAAAUCAAUAAACAGGACAACAUCAGUGCCUGUUCCGGUGGACGACAAUUAAGACAGCGGCGACGAGGACAACAAAAGCACCCAACGAAAGGAGUAGCAACAACAACAACGAGGACAACAACAACAAUGGAAUAUAAUAGCAAAAUGAACAAGCACGCAAAACUUUGGCACAACAUCACCCUGUGGGCGCUUGCAAUAACAAUAAUUAGUGGAACGCAUGCGAUAUCUCUGGUUUCAACAUCACCAGUCACUGCAGCCGUGGCCACAGCAAAUCCAAUAUUUCAACUCAAUUCAACUGGAACAAAUUCUGAAUUUUCGCGUACACCAUCCACAUGGCCUAGUUCAAGUCAAAAAACAGCCCGUAUCAAUUUUAUGGGUUCAACUGAACCUGGUUCCGUUUCGUAUAAUACAUUAGAAAGCACCUCAUCCAAUUCGGUAUCAAUGCAAUCGCCCGAAUUCCCAUCAGACGAAUCACCGUUGACGGUAAUCGAAAUAGAAAAUCCAUUCGAUGAACAUGUUUAUAUUGGCACGAAAGGACCGAAUCAACGUGAAAGUGAAGCCAUCACUCGUGCAUUGGAUUGGUUAGGCGAAAAACGGUCCGCUGAUUUUGGAUGGGGAAAUGAUACGCACAUGGUUAUCUUGGCGAAAGAGUUGUCGGGUGAACGAGAUUUUGCUGAAUCAACCGAUGCUCACAUUCAAAUCAUUCAAAAUUUGGAAGACCAGCUGUCGAUUAAGCAAAUGUCCAUUGAGAUUUUAUCGCUAAUCGAUCAUCAUCAUCAUGCUGUAAUGCCAAGAAGCUUUGAUGUUGCCGAAUUAGCUCGUUAUACAUUAGCCCUAGGCGCUCUAUGCAAAGAUCCAAAGCAUUUCAUGCAUCAACAUGACCUUUUGACAAUGCUUCAACAUCAUGAAUCCAAUGAUGAUCAAAUAUUUGCAAUCUCCACAUUGGCUGUGUGCAGCUUGGGGGAACAUGUUCGUAAACGCCAAAUUCGUCAAUUGAUCGACAUUGCCCUGGAGAGUAAUCAGAAUAUUGAAACGACGGCAUUUGCCAUAUUGGCACUGCGCUGUGUAAUGAAUGACCAUCACAAUCGUCACUUGGAGCAUUUCCUACGUAAAUCAUCUCUUCGGCUGGCAUUGCUUCAAACGACACAAGGGAAUGUUGGCUCGUUACGUAGCACAGCACUUUCAAUGCAAGCGCUAGAAAAUUUGAAUGUAAUACCGAACGCAGCAUGGAGCCGAGCGGCCGCAUCCAAAUGGAUUUUAGAUCGUCAACACGAAGACGGAAGUUGGAGCGAAGAGCCGCUUGCCGAUGGGCAAGAUGCCAACAUGGGAAUCGGUCUGACAGCUCAUAUCAUACUUGCAUUGGGACGAAAAGGACUUAGCGCCGUUCGUAUGCUCGAAUGUAACAAUAACAUUUUGAGUGACACAAGCAGCUAUCGUCAUGAAGUUACCGAACAAAAACUGGCUUCGCCUGUACCAUUGACUCCAUCAGCACCUAGCGUGCCGGAAAUUAAUAUCCAAACCGUUUCGUUCACGUAUACCAUUUGGUUUUCGUUGAAACCACCAGUUGAUACUGUUUCAUUGGCUAUGACAUCACCACGAAACACAACAUUCUAUCAAGCAAUGGUUCAAGCAGCUGAUAUCGAUCCACGUUUCGCAUUUGAAGCACAUGAAUGGCCAAAUGGCCAUUAUAUUCAUACAAUCGGUGCACACACCGAAGAUCUCACCAAAUUCAACUAUUGGCUACUGUACAAGCUGCCUGAUAUGCCAGACCCAAAUAAACUGCCGGAGAAUAAAUUUAUCAACUCGGUCGGAGUGGAUGAGAUGAUCGUUGAAAAUAACUAUCACUACCUAUAUUGGUACAAAAAGCUGUAAACAUUAUCAGCACGUACGGCACAUCAGCAGUAGAGCACACAAUGGAACGAGUAAAUUGUGAAUGUAUCAUAUGGAACCAAAAAUGAGUGGAACGGAUCGAGCAUAUGAUGGAGUUGAGCUAAUGACCAGCUCGUUUUAGACUAAGAAUUAACCAAAGAUACUCAGCAAAUAAGAAGAAGAAAAAAAAACACACAGUUAGAAAAUAAGUUUCCGAAGCCAUUAAUUUUGAAACUCGGCCGCCGGAUGAUUAAAUAAACCUAUUUAGCUUAGCUUGCAGUUUCGCAUUUAAGUAGUGAAAAAAAAACACCAGUGUUGCUUGAGAAACUUGUAGCUUUGUUCCAAGCCGCUCAACUCUAUAACAAGUACAAUUUUAAGCAAACUUUAACCAGUAUAUACCUAUAUGAAAAAAAGAAAUCGCAUCAUGUUACACACACAUUUAUUUACUAUCCGAUGAGAUAUGACUAUGGUUUGAAUAACGAAAGCGACCAAGCAUCUAGUCCGAUGGAACAAUAAACAAAAUGACAAUAAGUGAGUCUUGUCUUCACUCUCUCUAUCUCUCUUCAAGAAAAAAAAAAGAAACAAAUUACGUAAGCUUAACCAACCGUAGUCUGUAGUAGAAAAAUAAACAGCCCCUAAAAACUCUAUCCUUUGAAAAGAAAAUGAUUGAAGCAAAUUCAAAAAGUUACACUUCGCUUUACACACUCUGUGUGCCGAAAAGUAAUGAAUCGAAAUUCCAAUUCUAAAUUGUUAUUCAGUAGCGUACACCUAUUUCGGAUUCCAUAUCAUUUGGUCUCACUAUAUGCUUACAAAUAGAACAGAACCCUAGUUGAUCCAAUGCAAAAAAAGAAACAAGUAUAUGAACUUUGAGAGUGAUUAAAAUCGGUUUCGAAAACACAAAACAAAAGAGAAUAAAAAGUCGAUUUAUGGAAUGUCAAAAGCAACCAGAGAUAUGGACCAGGUAGAGAACGGAAGUUUAUUUGAUUUUUGGAAUGAGAGCCGAUUGAUUUGACUGAACAGAAAACGUAGUGCCAACUAAUAUUUGCAAAGCCAGUUAGUUGCCUGACUGUUUGGUUCAUGUUUCAUACAUAUUCCAAAGUACAAUUCAGCUUCGUUAAAAAAAAAAUCGCCUCGAAUAAACACGAAAAAAUUACACAUGCAAAAUUACUUGGGAUAUAUCUUGUCUUCAAAUAUAUCAUCAGCCUAUCAAAUCUACGAACUUCUUUUUAUUUCUGUUUCGUGUUAUGCUUCCUUUUUUGUCACGAACCGAGAAUACUCUAGAAUCGUCUUCAUACUAUUGAACACCCGGCUGAACAAGUUACUGAACUUUCGAAUGAGGGGCAAAUUGUAUCUAUUUUUUCCACCAUUAGCAUUUAAGAGUGUAUUUUAUUUGUUUGGAACAUUUAAUUCCAAAUUCUAUGGAACACUAUAAAUACAUGGCAUUAUACAAAAUAUAUCGAUCAAUAAAAAACACGACGAAAAAUA